CCGAGUUGCAAUGACUUUGUAUACUGAAAGGCGGUAGACCAGCAGUUGAGAAAAUACUGCUUUGAAGCUUCCGAAGGCACCGGUUGUACUUGCUUCUUUUUAGAUAGUCGCGGUCACUUGGACGGGAAACUUUAUUGGCACGGUUAUGUCGAUUGACAUUGCCCGAUCGAAGUCUCUUUCAGCAGCUAGAAACCAUAUAUACAUUGCCUUUACUGCACCAUCUGGCAGAAAGUCAGAUUCAAUCAAGGAAAGGAAAGAUCACGCUAGAAGACGUCGGCGGGCAGGCGGAAGAGGGCCGAGGGACGGGCGGGAGGUGGACCCAAUAAUGGAUUUUUUGGCAUGGCUUUUCCGGACGAAUCGGUCGCGAGGAUGUCUAAAGAAACUGACGACAUCAGGCAUUGCACAUACUGGGCCCCUGAAUGGGUCGAAGCAUUGUCAUCGAAGCUGCUCAUCUAGCCAGAUCUCGAGAUAUCCUGUCGAUCAUCAGUCCAAUCAUCGGCCUGGCAGCGGGACGGUUACAAGAUCUUCUGUAUACCAUGUUGAGAAAUCAAAAACGGGCUCUGUUCUGUUUUCGAUACCAUCCCGUCCAUCUUCAUCCAACUUUGAGCACCGGAAACUCAGCAACGCACCGCGCUGUAGACGCCGGCAGUACACAACCUCCGUGCACCAUAUGUUGGACGAAGAUGAGCCUAUAUUACGCGAAUAUUACAGUCAAAUGGACGAAAGUAAAAGCUUAAAACUCCCAGCCCCUCGAAGUAGUGCAGGCGAUGCCCAGCUAGCGAUAAUGAAGGUCCUGAUCCAAGCGCGUGAUUUUAGGCGAGCACGAGAAUGCUUUGAUGAGAUGAUUGUUAAUGGAUCUAAGCCGAGCGUGGAGAUGAUAAAAGAGCUAUUGGAGCUGACUGAGGAAUGCGCAGAUGGCCGUUUCGCCAAGCGUAUUUAUGAAUACCUAGUGAAGCAGAGUCUGGACCAAGCAGUUGCCCACUUAACACGACCUACGUCAGAGUACCUGCGAAAGGAUGUUCGUGCAAUUGUUUUAGUCGUAGGUGCCCUGAUUCGACGGGGCCGAAUAGUGGAGGCGCGGAAUAUCUACGAGCAGGGUAAAGACGAUGGACUCAAAUACCGGACCGCUAUUUUCAGUACCCUAAUAUGGGCACUAUGCGAGAGAGGGCAGUUAGAGGAGGCAACAUCUAUAUACCAUGACAUGCAGAAGUUUCCACAAGCCAAGCCAGACUCCCCUAUCUUCACGGCCCUAGUGGAAGCGUGUGUCAAAGCCGGAGAUCAACCUGCAUUAUCUUACUUUCAUACGGAGAUGCAGGCACGGGGAGUGAAGCCGGAUGUAGUGCUUUAUACGAGCCUGAUACACGGAUACUUUAGUUUCGAUGAUGCAGCUGCAGCAGUUGAUUGCUUCGAAGAGAUGGUCACGCGCGGCGUGAAACUGGACCGAAUUUUGUACAUGCUGUUCAUUAAUGUUUAUUCGCGCCCACCGUAUGAGGACCCAGACAAGGUCCUGCUUUGGUACGAGUCUAUGCUAAUUGCAGGCUGUCAGCCGGGUGUGGAAGUCUUCACGAAUAUGUUGGCCAUGUUUGCACGCCGAGGUGAUGUGGAAGCGGUAGAAGCGGGAUGUCUUCAAAUGACGAAGCUGGGAAUUCAGCCGGACCUUCAAGUCUACACCACCAUGAUUGCAGUGUACGCUAGGAAAGGCGACUCCAAAAACGCUGAGCGAUGGCUCCGGACGAUGAUGGAAGCAGGGAUCGAGCCGGACAUUUACACGUAUUCGGCACUAAUAAAUACGCAUUGCAAAGCGGGAGAAAUUGAAACUGCUGAAAAGAUUUUCGAACAGCUUAUUGCUCGGUACCAAGCAGCUCGAGAGAAAGGAACGUCAACGCAAGUUGACAGAGCCACAGACGAUGCAGACGUACCGGCAGCAAAGUUGGCUCCGAAUGCAUAUGUUUAUAAUGCGCUCAUCGUAGAAUUUCUUCGAAACGGAGACAGAGACACCGCGCAUCGUUAUCUCGGGGAGAUGUUGGCAGCCCAGGUUCCUCCAGAUACAGCCACGUUUACCGCCCUAAUUCAAGACUAUGGACAAAGGUCUGACACAGUUGGUGCCUUACGCUGUUAUCAAGAUAUGCUUGAUUUCGGAAUCGCACCCAAUAACCACAUCUAUUCUGCCCUUGCCACCGCUUUUGGUAAGGCAGAAGCUGGAGCCCAUCAGAUUGAGCUGCUCCUUGCGGAUAUGGACAAACGGAACAUACGACCCGACCUAAAAACAGUGUCGUCGAUAAUGUUCGCUUUUGGACGCGCAGGACAACCGAAGAAGGUAGUCUUGAUAUGGGAUCGCAUUCAGUCCAUCGGCGACCCCGAUAAUCCCUCACACUCAAGAGGAGAGCCGUUGAUAUCGGUCGAUAGUCAGUGCUUUCAUAUGUUUGCGAGGGCAUGCUUUGAACUGGCGCAGCAACGUCGACAUCAAGAUGUAUCAGAGGCGAAGCAUUGGCUGGAGAGAGUAAUUGACGAAGGACGCCGAUUGAUCGAUAUGGAUUUGGUAUUCAAUCAGCGCACUUGGGCGACAAUGAUUGGAGAGCUGGCGCAGUUUAAUAACGCUGUUACAGCAGCUGAAUUGGUGAUUUACGCUCUAAGUGGCUGGUGUAGAGCGCGCGAUCAACAAGUUAAAGCAACGAGUGAGAAGGACAACCUCGUACAAGAGAGAGGUGCUUUUGAGUCUGCUCCCGCGACAUCUUCGCUGGAUGCUUCCAUCUCAUAUCGAGGCGUCAUUAAGCGAAUGAAAGAGCCCCCGAAUCCUUUUCAACCCGCUCAAACUGCACCUCUUGCUACGCACGGCUUCACUGAAUCAAUUGUGCGGCACUUGGCACUAUCCUUGGUGCAGGUGGGUCGUCCUGACUUGGUGGUACAGUUGCAGUCUCAUUUUACCCACCUGCGGCGGUUAUACCCGGAUGCUGUCAAGCAGGAAAUUUUGGCAGUUUUGAAAGAGAUUGAGAGAGAAUCUGACGGGGCAUUUAUGUAGAGGUGUACAUAGGGACUGGCGUGUAGAUUCAUGCUAUAGUGGUUACAAUCACCUUCGUUCGAACGACAAAUACUAUCCUUAGAACAAGUAGCAUUAAACAGCAAUGUGCAAAAAAAAAGCUAGCACUGCCC